AUGGUAAGAACAUUGGCCCAGACGAAACCGGGAGGUCUAAGAGAAGAGGAAAUAGAGCAGUUCCUCUUUGAUUAUGGAAAGAGUGAAGAUAGAUUCGACGAUGAUGACGACAGCAUCGCAGAUCCUGAAUUUGUUCUGGACUUGGAAGUACCAAUGGAAGUCAAUGAUUUUGAAGAGGUUGAUGGAGUGGAAAUUGUCACCAUUAUUAAAAGUCUUGAGAACUCCAGUAGUACUUCCCAAGUACCAGCUCCUUCUGAAACCCUACCUCAGCCAGGACCAUCCUUUAAACCUAGACCAUCAGGACGUAGUCAAGCCAAG